GUGAAAAAUGAUUCAGAAAGUUUUGUGGGCGGUCAUGUCGGAUGUUAUAGAACACGGAGAAACUCAGGGUUCUCGGGUUGCCAUGGUGAGCGUUUCCAGCAGAGCAGCAUGACGACCUCUGUGUGUCCUGAUGAGGUGAAUGCCGCAGAAGACCUGGAGUCAUUUGAGUUCCUGUCGUACCCUGGACCUUCAGAAUACACACGCUGCUCCGAGACGGUGAAGGACAAAACCAGGCUGAGGAGCAGACUGGUGUCAGCGUGGAACAAUGUGAAAUACAGAGGCUGGAAUCUGAAAGCUAAACCUCGUCUGAGUAAAAACUCUCCUGUGUGUAUGUUGGGUCACACAUACAACCUGAACCAUGAAGGUGAGAGGCAGCUGUUCCGCUGUGCGUUCUCGUCUCUGUUCUGGAUGACGUACAGGAGAGGUUUCUCCUCGCUGCAGGGAACGUCUCUGACCUCAGACAGUGGGUGGGGCUGCACCGUGCGCUCGGCCCAGAUGCUGCUCGCACAGGCAUUAGUGCGACACACGUUACCUGCAGGCUGGACGUGGACUGGAGCUCAUCAUCAGACCAGAGACGACUUGGAGCUCGGAUCCUCUCGGCCGCUUGGGCUGGGAUUGGGGCGGAGCCGGAGGGUGGAGCAGAGGAGGCGGAGCGAGGGUGCCAUACUGGAGGUGGAUGAGGAUGGGCAGGAGAGCAGACACCGACGUCUGGUGGCGUGGUUUGGAGACACGCCAUCCGCUCCUUUCAGCCUGCAUCAGCUGGUGGGGGCGGGGCAGUCGUCAGGGCAACGGGCAGGUGACUGGUACGGCCCCUCUGUCGCCGCACACAUGCUGCGUAAAGCAGUCGCGGCAUCUGAACUGCGUGACCUGGCUGUGUACGUCGCGCAGGACUGCACUGUGUAUGUGAGGGAUGUGAUCAGACUGUGUGGAGAAUGUCCGCGUGAGCUCCCAGUGAGAUUUCGCCCUGUUAUUAUCCUGGUGCCUGUGAGACUUGGCGGGGAGACACUCAACCCCGCGUACAUCCCGUAUGUGAAGAGACUGCUUCAGCUGAAGUGCUGUGUGGGAAUAAUCGGAGGAAAGCCGAAGCACUCGCUGUAUUUCGUCGGGUUUCAGGAAGAUCAGCUGCUGUAUUUGGAUCCUCAUUUCUGUCGGGCUGCUGUCGAUGUCCGUCAGUCCAACUUCCCCUUAGAGUCAUUUCACUGUAAGACAGCGAGGAAGCUGCCAUUUAACCGCAUGGACCCCAGCUGCACUCUGGGUUUCUACGUGAAGAGCAGGAGGGACUUUGAUAUGCUCCGCUCUGACAUCACCAUGGCUCUGAGCUCGUCCACAGACAUGUAUCCCAUCUUCACCUUCGUCGAGGGCAGUGGGCGGGACCAGCAUGAGCAGCUGGAUUUGACCUUUGACCCAGAGGUGCACGUCCCACUCAAAGACAAGGAGAGACGAAGAAGAAGUAAGGGAGGGAGCAUGGACGAGUUUGUGCUGCUGUGAACACUUCCUCGGUCGUGGUAACAUCUGUUCGCGGAUAAGUUCCUGAAAUCAGGCUGAUUAGUUAAAUCGAACCAUGACGCCUCAUUGUUAGAGAAACAGCUUUGGGAACGAAAGGUCACCAGGUUGAUUCCCUGGACGAGCAGGAAUGGCUGAAGUGCCUUUGAAUAAGGUAUCUAACCCCCUCCACUGCUCCCCAGGCUGCUCUGGGUGUGUUGUACGUCGCGCUGGAUGUAAGAGUGUCUGCUAAAUGCCUGUAAUUUAAAUGCACUUCUGAUCAGGUUUGUACACGUCAAUCUCUACCCCAGGGUUAAGAACCAACAUUUAGAUUGUAAAGUUGGCAUACAGUCAUCAACCAGCAACUGUUGAUGAGAAACUAUCAGCUAGAGACUGUUUGUUUGCUUCCUAGUGUAACAGUUAUUCCACGAAAUCGAGUUGUACAUGUCUGUAAUCCACGUACGACGAGAUUGAGUGGAAUAACUGUUUUAUUCUAUCCACAUUCACUGGAUUUUGAGAAACAGAGCAUUUUUAUUUUUUUGCAAAUUCGAUAAAUAAAACUUUAUACAAAACGUCCAACAAAAUAAUUUCCGCUUAGAAUGUAAACAAACUGGCGAAAUGACAGGAGCAAUUUGUGAAAAAUGCAAUAAUUCUUGAAAAAUAAAAAAAAGAUACAUUCUUACCAUCAAAUAGUUUUAUUCCAUAUUUUGUUGUAUUUUUUGGGGGUUGGCAAACCAAUUUAAAGGUGCAUUACUGGGCUGGAGUGUGGAACAGGAGAUAUGGGAGGAAAUAAGCUAUCUUCUUUUAGCUUUUUCUGUUUCUUUUAAAUACUUGAUGAUAAAUUUUUGGGAGUUUUGUUUUCAAGUAGUUUUUAUUUCAUCCUCGGAUGGUUCAGCAACAUGCUCCGCCAUUUUGUUUUUCUCUACUCACGGUAUAUGAGCUGAUGUCCUAGUAGUAGAGUAGCCAAUCCGAGCACUCGAUUGCUCAUAUCCAGUGAAUGUGGAGAGAAUAAAAGCUUGUAGCUAUCAGCUCUAAGCUUCCCAUACUUGGUGAAAUUCACCUCAUGGCGUCAGUGUAAAAAUAAAGAAGCGAACCUUUCAGACAGGGAACGUGAUUUGGCUGAUCAAUUAAAUUCAAGGUAAGUGAAAGAAACCCCCCCCCCUUUUUUUUUUUUUUUUUAAAUUAAACGCGCUACACAAAUAGAAAUCUAAAAAUGUAGCUCCUUCUUUUUAGUUAGCUGCCUUCAUGUGUCUCAGAGGAAACAUGCUGUAGCCAUCACAUGAUGGGGGACAAUUGGCUGGUGGGUGACCAAAUUGGGAGGGAAAUGGGGGUGGGGGGAGAAUGUGGGAAAGAAUGUGUGGGCGGAGUUUAAAACGUCUCAUAAGUAAAGUAUCACGAUAUACUUUUUUCAGUAUCGUCCGUCCCUACACCACUAAAAGCUCAGCUCCUUUCGAUUGUAAGUUACGAGAAGUAAAAUCAAAACUGAAUUCCAUUACUGUAUUUUUAGAAGUUGUAUUUUAUUUGUGUGUGUGUGUGGGGGGUGUUUUUUUUUUUUUUUGGGUUUCAUGUCUGUGUCUUCUUUCUAAUAAUAAUAGUAGUUAUUAUUUUAUAAUUUUUUUUAAUGCUUAAUUGUCGAGUGUAUUUGUGUCACAACAUAUUUUUUUUAUAUUUACCAAUAAAUAAUGAGGAAGGAAUUAUUUUUGAAGUAAAGAAAAUGUGCAUGAUUAAUGUCUAUUUUUUAUUUUAAAAAACAAAAAAUGAAACAGUAUGACCCAGACAUGUAGAAGAUGCGUAUCAUGUGUACAGUAUGUGACCUGGUUUGUAAUAAACAGAAGUGAAAGUUGA